UAGCCUGGCUGUCCAUGAAUCUAUAAAUAGCUGAUAUAGAGCGAAAUGCUUAUCUACACAGAUACCUUAAGCUCACCAUUUCAUUUUCAGAAUGCUAGUUAUACUAUGAGCUACUUAACUUUGGAGAAAAUUAAUUAAAUUGAGUAGGUAUGGCUGAGACCCACGUGGUUUGUGAUGACGUCAUUAUUUCACGACGAUUACAUGUUCAGACAGUAGUAGAAUGGCAGUGUACCGGGACGCUCGUAGUUUUUAUUCAACACUAAUAAGUUCCAUGUUUACAAGCUGAUUUGAAAGGCAUAAGUAAAUGGGAUUAUAUCAGGCACAUACUUAAAUACUUAGACAUAAGCAGGUACAUUGUUUUAUGUUAUGGCUCAGGAUUCGAUCAACAUUGAUGUUCGUGUUUACACUUUCACAAAAGAAGAUAAACCCUACAAAGCAUCUACAUGGUGGGAGCGUCUGUGCCUGCGCUGCCACCAGCCGGAGCGCGGCCCCGCCUGGGAGCCCGCGUGGUGGCGCCGGGCGUUUCCCUUCCCGCUCUUCUCCACCUACAGACAGACUGCCCAGCAGAUAUGUAUCAUUUUGAUAUUUCUUCUCAUUUGGGGCACGCUAUACGCGGAAGUCGGUGCACCAGUCGGUUUGAACGGAGAGCUGUUCAGCAUGUCCCUCCUGGUGAUAUGCUCGUGGCUGGCGGGCUGGGCCUGGCUCAAGCUCACCACGUUGCCAGCUCUCAUCGGCAUGCUACUAACUGGCAUCCUGUUCCAGAACCUCGGCUGGGUCCACAUGACCAGCACUUACGUUAAACUUAAUCAGGAUUUAAGGAAAAUAUCUCUAGUCAUAAUACUCACGAGGGCGGGCCUAGGGCUGGACGCCGGGGUGCUGAGGAAGUACUACGCCGCGGUGCUACAGCUCGGCCUGGUGCCUUGGCUGGUGGAAUGUCUGGCUAUAGGCAUCACCACCCACUAUCUGCUCAAUCUGCCAUGGAUUUGGGGUUUUCUACUAGGUUCCAUGAUAGCAUCAGUGUCGCCGGCAGUGGUAGUGCCGUGUCUCUUCAGGCUGCGUGACUCGGGCUACGGAGUCUCUAAGGGAAUCCCGACUAUGAUCCUCGCGGCCGCCGCCAUCGACGACUCCAUCAGUGUCGCCAUAUUCUCCAUCAUUCUCAACACCAUGUUCUCCACUGGGUCUCUCACUUACAAUAUUAUUAAGGGUCCGUUGUCGAUAGUAGCUGGCAUAGCUUUUGGAUCAUUGUUUGGUGCACUGACGUCCUUUAUGCCCGAACGGGGAGACAGCUAUGUGGUGCCGCUCAGAUUCCUUGUGCUUUUCCUGAGUGGACUAUUUGCUCUCUUUGUGUCCAACAUGAUCGGAUGGAGUGGGGCAGGACCCCUUGCGGUAGUGUCAUCAGGAUUUGUUGCGGCGUAUCUUUGGAGUAAGCAAGGGUGGCCAGUUAAUAAGAACCCUGUUAGCAAUGUCUUCCGAAUAUUAUGGAUAUUCUUUGAGCCAAUCUUAUUUGCUUUUACUGGAGCACAAGUCACGAUAAGUUCCUUGGAUCCAUUAGUACUGAAGAUGGGUGCUCUGUGCCUUAUAGCCUGCCUCUUCAUACGUCUGAUUGCCACAUUUGCAGUCAGCUUCGGUUGUGGUCUCAACAAUAAAGAAAAACUAUUCAUCGGUCUUACCUGGACAGCAAAGGCGACAGUUCAGGCUGCCCUAGGACCAGCAGCGCUAGAUUUGGUGCACGCCGGUCAAACAGCAGGGUUGCCGAAUGAUGUUGAAGAGAUGCACGCCAAAGCACUGUUGACCAUCAGUGUGCUGAGUGUGGUGAUAUGCGCUCCGCUGGGCGCCGUCCUGAUAGCCCUGACUGGACCGCGGCUGCUCAGCCGCAGUGAGGGUGAUGAAGGUCCAUCAAAUAGCCCUACACCCGUAGGACUACAGAAUAUUGGGGUAACUGAAGAUUAAUAAUAAGUGUAAAAUUAACAUGGUGCAAAUAGUACUUAGAUACCUAGAUAUUAAGUUGAAAUAUAGAUGGUAAAUCUUAUGAAGUUAUAAAUAUUACCUAGGACCUAGUUACAUGCGUACAGUAAAUUUCCCCAAAAAAUUACAAAACUCACAAGGAGUACUCAUCCCAAAUAUAAGUCAAUGACUUAUCCUAAAAAAAUCAUCAAUCAAUUGUACUUAGUUUUGUUUAUAUCAUUCUACUAGUACCUGUGGAAAGUACCUAUUACCUUUCAAUAUGCUAACCAUUAAUUAUUAGGCACUAUCUUGUAUCAAAUGAAACAACGGAUAUGUUUUUUAUCUCAGUGUAUUACACGUUGAUAUUUACUUAAUAAUAUGAAUAAAGGAUUGUAACAGUCCUUACAUUUUAGUGAUGGCGAAUAUCAAACAGAAAUGUUGUUUCUUCCACCACAACGUAGAGGGCGCAAAAGUUCCACUUAAUGGAUAACAUAAUCCCUCUCUGGCGAUACCUACUAAAAUAUUGUUCAUCUUCCCAUCUAAAAUGCAAGAACUGUUUCAUCAUCUACUAAAUUAGAGCACAAUCAGGUGAAUAUUACAAUAUAAUUUUCAUCUGUGAAGAUUCGAAACAUUUUCAUAGAAUUUGUGCAUAUUAUAACUAGAUAAUUAAGUAUAAAUUAUUUCUUACAUAUUAUUCAUUCAGAAUGAAAGAUCUGUAUUUUCUUCGAAAAUAAAUCAGUAAUUAAAAAAAUAAGAUGCGUUUUUAUCGGAAUAGUAAAACUUAAACAAUAAUAUUUAUUCAUCUAAAUAUCACAAUCAUUUCUCACAUCAGUCGGCGCUCCUUCCGCCAUUUUGUGCAGCGUGUGCCAAGGGAAAUCCAGCUCUAUGGCUAUUAGUUUAGGGUCUCAGAACCAUAAUUGUAUUCUCGAUCUUAUCUACUUUCUCUUAAAGCCACUAAGCAAAUAACCACAGCACAAGACCUUGCCGUUUACAAACUU